AAGCUAAAGAGCUAGCAGUUAAAGAGAAGAGCAAUUUUCCUCUCAGCACUUGACAUUACAGUUCUUUUACUAGUGUUCUUCAAGAGUUCUACAUCACAUUAUUUUCGAAAGACAUGGCCGCGGAUUGGUUGGGUAGUUUGGUGUCUAUUAACUGUGGGCCAACGCUGGGAGUCUAUCAAGGAGAAGUCUCAUCUGUGGAUCAGUCCAGUCAGACCAUCUCCUUAAGACAGCCUUUCCAUAACGGAGUCAAAUGCCCCGUUCCUGAGGUUACAUUCAGUGCCAUUGACAUAAAGGAACUAAAGAUUCUAGAUUUCAGAACUGGCAACGGAAGGACUAACUCUACUGCAUCUACAAAGCUAGGCAGCGCACCAGUUGCUGUCCCAAAGGGCGACCCCAGAUCUGUGGAAAAACUAAACUCUCCACAGCACUGCUCUAAAAGUUAUGGAGAACGUCAUUUGGAUGUACCUGGCCAGCCCAAAGCAUUUCGUCGAAGACAUAACUCCUGGUCAUCUAGUAGUAAAGGGCCAAACCAAGUGACGCCGAAGAAGAACGGGGUGAAGAAUGGUCAGAUGAAGCACAGAGAUGAUGAGUGUUUUGGAGAUGGCAUAGAUGACGGCCUGGAUACAGACUUUGAUUUUGAGGGAAACCUUGCUCUUUUUGACAAAGCAGCUGUUUUUUCAGAAAUUGACAUAUCAGAGCGCCGCAAUGGUGCAAGGUCACGGGGGACUCCUCAAGAGCAGACGCCCUCACGCUACCGUCAUGAUGAAAACAUCCUGGAGGCCAAACCUAUUGUGUACAGACAGAUUACUGUGCCACAGCCUGGGGCCAAAGAAUACUGCACUGACUCUGGACUUGUUGUUCCGAGUAUUUCCUAUGAACUGCACAAGCGUCUGUUGUCUGUUGCUGAGCGUCACGGUCUCUCACUGGAGCGAAGACUUGAGAUGACUGGAGUGUGUGCCAGUCAGAUGGCACUUACAUUGCUCGGAGGGCCCAACAGAUUCACUCCAAAAAAUUUACACCAGCGUCCCACAGUGGCGCUGCUGUGUGGCCCUCACGUUCAGGGAGCUCAGGGCAUCAGCUGCGGUCGUCACCUGGCCAAUCAUGAAGUCGAGGUCAUCUUAUUCCUGCCAAAUUUUGUCAAGAUGCUCGACUCUGUGACCAGUGAGCUCACACUCUUUAACAAGACUGGUGGCAAACAGGUGUCCAGUAUCAAAGACCUCCCAGACACCCCAGUGGAUCUAAUCAUUAACUGUCUGGACUGCCACGAGAACACCUUCCUCAUGGAUCAGCCUUGGUACCGGGCAGCUGCUGACUGGGCUAAUCAGAACAGAGCACCAGUGCUCAGCUUAGACCCUCCUGUUAGUGGACAGGGGCAGGCAGUCGAGGCCAAGUGGUCCCUCUCACUUUGCCUCCCGCUGCCCCUGGCUGAGGGGGCCGGCAGAGUUUACUUGUGUGACAUAGGUGUUCCUCGCCAGGUGUUCCAGGAAGUGGGAAUCAAAUACCAUUCUCCUUUUGGCUGCAAAUUUGUCAUCCCCCUGCACUCUGCAUAGAGGGUCUAAUGGUCAACAUGGCAGAAUCUUUCACCUUUCUUGACCUUUUGGGUUUUGAUGCCUUAUAUUCCGCAGCUUCAGCUGUUUUCAGUUUCUAACUCAGCAUCUGAAUGGGACUUUUCCUUCAUACUGCAGGACCACUGUUUUGGUAAAUUAGUUCUACAAGGAUUAAGUGCAUAUUGAUGGAGAAGAUCUGAAUUCUUCAUUGAAAGACAGAUGUCUUGAUCAUUGGAGGCAAUAGCAGAUAGUGUAGAUACGUAAAAAUUAGUUAUUCAAAAGUACAACUGAAGUGUCAAAGAUUAUGUGACGUAACAUUCAGUUUUAAAUUGAGUAGGACAAUCUCUGACUUGCAACAGAAAAGUUCUCAAACUCAUUUUAAUCUAACUGCGUUCCAAACCAUCUGGUGAAUAAACAGAUCCACCAUGUAAUACAGGCACUUGCAGAAAUUAAGAUCUGACAGCAGAAAUACACUUUACACUGGUGUUGCCAUUGCUAAUGGCUCUGUUUAUAGUCUGAUGUACUUUGCAGCACUUAGUUACUGUUGUCUGAAGUUUUUUUGGGGAAAAAAAAUCAUCUAAGCAAAUGUGAAGAAUUUGUCAUUUAUACAUGUAAUAUGUUUUCCAGUGAUACCAGUGUUGAAUGGGGCAGCUACUGGAUAGAACUCCAGACAACAGUUUUGUUUGUCCGUGGUAAAUUAGGCUGUGAUGAUAAGGGCUCUGAUAAUAUGACACAGCAUGCAAAACCUACUGCAAUCUUAUCUUUCAGUGAAAAGUUGGUGGAAAAUAAGUUUGCUUACUUAGUUUUGAUUUAGUUACACCAGAUGAAGGGUUACGCCAGUGUGUUUGAACGUUUGUCUACAGCCUGUUUAAAAUAUUUGGCCUCAUUGAACGCAGGUUGUAAAUGUUUUUUUUUUUACAUUUAUUUCUUCUGUAGUUCCUUAUAGAUAUUGUUUUCCAUUCAUUUCUGUACAACCUAAAACCUUUUUUUUUGGCAUACUCUAAAGCUGCGGUAUUGUGUAAUGUCUCACAGGAACAUCAAGUCUGUUAGUUUUUGUCAGUGUUGCAUUAUUGUUGCUUGAUGAUGCAGCUUUAGCACAGACCGAGUUCAAAAGCGUGCGUUCCAUUACAGUAACAAGAACUGAGGCAGACUUGAUGAGAAAUUGAUUGCACAACUAGGGCAUGGUUCGCAGUAAAUGUGUUUUGUGUUGUACAGAAGUUAAUAGAAACCAGUGAAUGCCUGGAACAGGAGACAAAAUGCAACCAGAAGUGAGUUAAAAUAUUAGUGAUACAUGAGCUUAAAACCACGGAUGUGACCCUUUUAAGAUUCAAAGUGAAAUUUAACCUCGUGGGGAAAAAAAAAAUCCCAACCUAACCCUAACCUUUUUUUUUCCCUCCUUUUUUUUCUUUUAAAAUGAAAGUCAUAAGCUGAGAGAAGUAGGGUGAGGUUUCUUUGUGUGGGAUUCAGACAUGUUGCUUUGUGCUAAUCUCCACACAAGAUGCAACGUCCUGCACUGUGUACCUACCAAUGAUAUUUGGUUGUCAAGAAAAUGCUGAAAACCAUUCUGACAUUACAGUAGUAUUCCUUUUCAUGUGUUUUUUUUUUCCAUGUUAAGCUGGUAUUUAACAGUACAGCAUAGACUGUGAAAUGCAACCUAAGAAGAGCUGCUUAUGUUGUGCUGCUGUUUAAAGAAGUUCUGCUUUAGGAUCAAAUUACUUCGAAAAAUAUCCACAACUGGGACCAUUUUUUUAUUUUUUUAUUUUUUUUAAAGUUCAACGAUGUGCAUAUUUGUCACCAACAUGACCUUAAUUUGGAGUUGAAUUGUGGAUUAUUAAGUCAGCGUUGUCUAAACAAAAAGGCUAAAUUCAAACAGUUCACUCCUGCAGAGAUCACAAGCGAAAGCACUCUUUGUUCCAUGUGUUCGGUCCACACGUUAACAUCUAAGGACAACAUUCAGUAAAUUUGCUGUAUUUUCUCUGUGCACAGUAAUCGGCACAGGAUCCAUGCACUGAUUCAGUGAAAAUGACUUUCAUGCACAAUGGUUUUGUCCUUUCUCCAACAUUCCUCUGGCCUGAUGUGUAAUGUCACAUCUGUUGAGACAAGUCUGGCUUGGAAACAUCAGCCAGUGUUACUGAAUGUGAAUAAAAGUGAGUUUUGUUCGUGUUUGGCCGCCAGGAGGCAAUGAAAUCAAAUGUUCGGUUGCUCUUCCUUAUUCUGCUGUAACGGCAGCUUUGUGUACUUAACGCUGUUUUCUCAGAUAAUGGCGUUAUUACUUUAGAGAAUGUGAACAGUCAGACAGAUGUGACCUUUUGACAGGAAAGCACUUGCUCUGUUAAUGCAGGUAAUGCCUCUUGAGAUGGAUUGAAUUAGUUUACAUGUUCAGAGUUUUCUGCAAGCGGGUGUCAAAGCGUUGCAAGAUUACUUCGCAGUUCAGAAAUAUGCCAUUAAACAGUGAAAGACGUGCUACAGACAGGACAGCGUUUUAUUUAGGAAUCGAAAUUCUCUGUCAGGGUUCUCGUGCAAAAAUACUGUGCAGUCCUCACGUGUCAUGUCUGCAGAUUGAACCAAUAACAAUAAAAAAAUAAACAUUCA